GCAGUGUGCUCCGUUUGCGGUGUCUGUGAGAGGGAAGUGAAGGAGAUGAGCAGGGCCCGAAGCGGAGCUCGCUGUGCUUCUGACAGAGCGGACUUCUGGUAGGCUGGUAGAUUGCAUUCAUCAUAUUUAAGUUUCUGUCACCAACUUUUAAUUAAAAGCAUGGUUGAUACCGCUUUAAUGAAUGUACGGAUGUUAGCUAUCUUCAUGCAUAAAAAUGCGUUUUAAUUCCCUUACUAUUCCCUUUAUGGCCCUUAGAUGCUUUUGUUACCAUUUAAACAGCAGACAGUAGCAGCUGUUUAUCUUCUUAAUAUAACUUUUUCUUGCAUCUGUGUUCAGGAAACAGUAGUGGUUUGAGUAAACAAUUCUCUGGUAUCCUUUAGCAAUAUUUUGUAAGUAACUUGGCAGGAGGGUCAUAAAUGAUGUCUGAAUGGUGAACUCCGAGGCCACGCUGACAGCAGCCGGACGUAACUGCUCAAACCAUGGGCUGUUACACGAGGAGAGCACGGAGUCCUCAGUGCGGGACUGCUGGUCCCAAGGAGCUGCUCCCAGAACGACAGCUUUGUGCUGAAAUAGCCCUUCUGCUGUCAGAGCUGCAUUUCAGUGCUGCUUGUUGUGCAUCUAACAGCCCGGGCGUUUAUUGUGAUUUACCAGCUGGCACGUGGGAGCUCCAUCCAACUUCUCAUCUUAGUUGACAGCAACCAGUUUGCAGAGAUCUUGUCCUGAUGAUGAUGGUGAUUGUUUAAAGAAGUACUCAAAACUUACAGCUGACAGCAGUGCUGAGGGGCUUUGAAUUUGGGUGUGUAGCCUCUAUUCAGAGUCCGGUUGGCCAAACAGAGCAUCACGUCCUGCAGGCAAGAUAAGGUAAAGAAGGUGCCUCCAAUUAGUCCAAACCAGCCCUAAUUUCCCCCCACAGCUGAACAGAAGUCUUGUCAUUUUCUUGGAAGGAAAAAGCAAUGUAAGAAAAACGUGGCUUUCUUAAUAGCCCCUUUCUCUAAAUGGUGAAGAUAUUUUCCAGUUUAACUGUGACGUUGGCUGAUGUAGAUACACAGCUAAUAUUUCUGUUCAUCCCCAAAUUAGUGAGAUGUGCCUGAAUUUAAUCUUGAGCCUGACAGCAUCCUAUAAACAGAAAUACCCAAAGUGCGCCGCGUGAGUGCAAAUGGAGUAAUUAAUGGGUGGGAGGAAGGGGAUAAAUAAAAUGCUUUAUUUUUAGCUUUGUUUCCUGGAUGUUGGAGGAAAUCCAAGUGCCACAGCGUUGUGCUGGGCCUGCAGAGUGUGCACUCAGCCCCGGCCCGAAAGGGAUGCGUGUGGGGUUGUGCUGUGUCAAUGUGGGGCUGCUCCUGGUAGGGGCAGGGCAGUGAGCUGGGAUGGGUUUGGCUCGCUGGCACUUGCAUAAGGACAGCUGAGCACGGGAUGCUAAUUGAAGCUAAUAUGAGCUGUCUUAACCCAUCGAGCAGUGACCUGAAAAGGCGUUUCUCGUCUGCAGUAACUAAUUCAGAAGGUGGGAACGUGCAAUCACGUCAGCACGUUGAGUGCCCUGGCAUUAUCAGUGUUUCGGGGUGAGGCCUUGUUAUCUGCUGCUCCAGCAAAGUUUGAUGUUUGCCCGACUGUUAACCUGGCGGGGCUGUAAUUCCAUUAUGUGCUUUAAGAGGCCGCAGAAGCACCCGGGGCGCUGAGAGCACGGCCGGGUGAGCUCUGUGCAGGGUUGGCCACGGGCAUCUGCUGCAGGGCUUGGAGCUUCCAUGGAGCCCCCUGGGCCGGGGCUUGGAGGGCAGCAGCAGAACGGUGCUGAUGUGCUGAUGUGCAGACGUGUGUUCUGUGCGCCUCAGUCUGUGCAGCGGGUACAACUUGUGACUGCCGUUUCCUUUAAGAUCACAGUGUAACUCAGCUAACCUCCUUCUAAAGGUAGAAGCGCCGCAGAAUCUUUUUCUCUGUGUGGGAGGUUUACCCACUUUAAUGCUAUAUAUACUUCUUUUUUAAAGAAGGAAAUAGGCGUUUUAUAUUUAUCGUAUCAGUUGAAAUCGAAAUCUAAAUAUUUACAUCUUUCCCUCUGGAUCCGAGGUGGGGAAGCAACGGUGGGCGUUCCCAAGCUGUUCACUCACCCACUCCCCUGUGUGGGUCGAUUUGGUUGCAUGGCGGAGGGCUGGAGCUCCUGCUUCUCCUUCAUGCCUUCUGCUCCACAGCCGGAGCGCUGCCCCGGUGGGACCUUCCCACCUCGACACGGUGAGAGCCAAACACGUGUCAUCUCCAACAGGACGCGGUUAGCAGUGAGCUGGGAGACUGGAGGGGGAGUUCAGGACAUGGCAAACAUCUUUCAGUGCCUAUCCUCAGAAAUGCGUUUAGCACGGACGCCGUGUGUCCUCUAUCUGUUUUAGGACUACAGAACCAUUUUUAAUGCUGUCUUUUGCUUACGUUGAAUUCCUAUAAAUAGGCUUUUCAAUAAGGCACAUUCAUCUCACGCACUAUUGCUGUCAGAGGGAAGUGCCUAUUUGGACAAGCCUACUCGAAGCGCUAACCUUCGUAGUGCAGCUCCUGUGCUGCUCCAGCUUCCCAUUCCAGUCUGUCGCCUUGUUGAGAAGAGUGGUGGUUGCCUUGCUAGGGGUGUGCACCUUGGGAUCCCCACGUGGUGCUCUGCUCAGAACUAUCAGUGUUGGAAAUGAUGGGGGAAGACUCUGGAUGGUAAAACCUCUCAGUUACAGCAUCCUACAAACUGUUUUCUUGCGGCAGUAAGGCUUUAUGCAACACUGGAAGCAGAACUGCUUCGUGUUUCAUAGGAGCAAUUCCUUCUGUGCCUUCAGUGGAGCUCGUUAGGGCCAGUGCCAGAUCUGCUGCAUCACAUCUGCACAGCAUCUGGGCUGCAUGGGCAGAGGGGACGUAUGAGCAGAGCCUUCUGUCCUGCUGCUUCGUGCCACUGCCCCCAGGAGAAGGAAAGGGGCAGGACACGGAGCUGCACCCCAGGGGCAGGUGAGUCAGGGCGCCUUGCUCUGCCCUCUGCCACGUUGUCCUUAUUUUCCUUUGCUGACAGAAUCUGUGUUUUACUCCUUUUUAGCGACGUAGAACGGAAAAGAGAUAAAAGUGUCUUAUCUUUAAUAAUGUGACCAAAAUCAUCAGCUAAGCUGUUUGGAGGGACUAUUUCUAGUCCAGGUUUAAAGGCAAGAGUGUCGUUUGUCUUUACGUCCCCCAUUCUUCCUAAAUGAAGUGAAUGAACCAGCAGCUCAGAGAGUCACCUUCUGAUAACGAGGCUCGCGGCCGUCAAAAAAAGCCUUGAAAUCAGCUCAGCUACCAUUUGUGAAGCAGCUUGUUGGGAUUCCUGGCAGGUACGCAGCGGAGGCCUCCUGCGGCGGAGUCGUAGGUGCUGGUGCUGGUUGUUCCUGGAGGUUUUAUUUAACCUGCUGUUCAACUUUCAAGGAGGUGCAGAUGAGGCAGCCUUGCAUCCUCGCAGCCCAUUAGGCAGCAGCUGGCCCGAGCUGCCUGCCUGCCUUGCCUCCCUCGAGCCGUUACUGAAGGCAGAAUAAACACAGCCACGCAGCACGGAGCCCAGGGGCUCGGCGUUGCAGCUAUCAGAAGGUAUUCCAUCUGGAGGUGGAAAAAACAGCCCUUACGGGUUUCUUUAUCUCGAGGCUGGCAAAGAGCAAGGAGUGAGUGACAUAUUUCCAUUUGACUCAUCUGUUGUCAAAGCAGUGACACCCUCGAGUCACACUGAAUGCGAGACCUUGUAGCUGGAUUGGCACAUGGCUCUGAUGACCGUGGAGCAGGUGUUUGCUGGUUGUUUUGCUUUCGUCCUUGGUAAGAGAAUCCCCCCCUCCCUCCUUGAGAUGAGAUCGAAUUGAUUAAUGCCAUUGCUGAUAUUACGGCUUAGAAAUGACAGGAGAACCUGGUUCAGGUGUGAUGCUGGAUGUGAGCUCCAAAGAUGUUCAGAUAACAAUUUAGAACCCUGGAAAAAAAAAAUGAGUGCCCAGUAGGCAGAUGGUUGGAAAAGAGCUCCCCACGAUCAAUGAGGCAAUAUGUAAAUAUUUUCAAUCAUUACCACAGUACUGCUGUGUUGACAUUGAAAUUCAAAGUGCUAUUCCAUGGGGCUCCUCAUUGAUCAGCAGAUGAGCUCUCAUAAAACGGAGGAUAAAAGCACGAUGCUGAGAACUAUUAUGGAUUGUGAGCUUCAUUGACAAGGACAGCCUUCCAUCAAGGUCUGCAGAAUGGAUUUUGAACCCUCUUUGAGCAUGUUUCUUACACACAGUGUUUCUUUGCUGGCUGUCAAGUAUGGAUUAAGUGGUAUAUUAUUUCUUGAGUUGUUUUAUUUAAGGUGGAAUGCUGCAUAGCUCACUGACUUUGCUUUGUUAAUUACCCUGUUGAUAUGGGAAGUAAUAGAAAUGAGAUUGGUUGAGUUAAAAUAGAUUUUGGGGGGGGGGGGAAGCCCUCCUGAAAGCAGGCUGUAGAGAUGUGAAUCUGGCUGAUUUGCUUAGAAAUCUUUCCGUGGGUGACAGCAUUCUCAUGCGUGAAACAAGCAGUGCCUUUAACAUUAGCAGGUGCUGAACCCACCAGGAGGCCUUUUCUCCUCUUCCUCUUCUGUUUCCACUCAUGGAAGUGUUCUUGCAGUGAGGCCCACACCUGGUGCUCCGGAGGUCCAGAUACUGCAGCAUCAGGCAGGGGCAGAUUUAUCCAGGUGCCUUCCUGAGCUGCUCAGAUUUUCUCGUUAACUGCUCUGUUUAUCUUGUGUUCGUUAAUUCCCUCUGCUGCCUGGCACAUCCUGGAGCCUUUUCAUUUGAUUGCAGAGUUAUUCAGGGUUCUGAUAUGAUUUCUGUGUGGUUUGUUGCUUUUUAGUUGCUCGUUUAUAUCCCCUUAUUGUUUUAGGGUGAGUAACUGUUGUGGGAAUGGAAAACACCUUCCCUGAGGAUGGAGGACUGGUAUGACUACCCGUGGUCUGAAGCUGAUGCCUACAAACCAGGGCCAUGGCUGUGUGACCACAGCUGAUGUGAGUUAGGGCUGAGCACUCAGUGCAGGUAGUAGGAAGCAGUGGGCUGUGCUGAAACACCUGGGGUGCUUGCUAGGAGCAGUUUUGACCCUGGGUGUUUCCUAGGACAGGACCUGCUGUGUGUGUGGAUGUGUCUGGGCUAUGUGGGGCUCUGCUCCUGGGCACAGGGCCAGCGUGUGCUGCUCUGUGUGUGUCACCAUGGCGUGCUCAGGCUGCAGCCAGGUGGGAGCUCUGCCCGUCCUGCCAGUGGGAAGUGCCUUAGAGGUGGCUGUAACUGGUCCUCCUGAGAGGGAGGGCUGAUAGCUGAAGUGCAGUGUGCUGGUUAAGCAGACAAGCCUUCAGAAGCCAGCAGAAAGCAUCUUGUAAUUAAUAGUCCUCCUUGGAAAGGUAAAUGCCAGUUCUAUUAGUGUAGUGCAGCGUUUUCAAUAUUCGUACUAAACAGGAGCAGCUUGCUGCUUGCUGGGCGGCACCUCGUCCUUCCCCAAAAUGUGUUUGCUGUGGUGCUGUUUGCUCACAGCUGCAAUCUGCUUUGGUUUCCCUCGCAACGUGCAUCGCGCUGUUGCAGUGCUGGUGUGGUCACUGCGUGGGUCCGGUCCUGGGCUGCCCCAGCUCCCCACGCCUUCCUUGGAGAGAUGCUUGCCCCUGGUCCUUGGGAGGGUGGGAGGAAGGUUGUAAUGAUCAGCAUUUGCUAAUGACCCCUUAUAAAAGUGGUCCUCUGGGAGCUCUUGCAUUAACUCAGAACUUAGACAUGUUUUUGUUGGGUUGAUUUGUCCUGGUGGUUUGCUUUGGACAGGCGUGCCCUCAGGUUUCAGCAGUGCGAUAACAAAACAAUCAUCACAAAAUAUCUGAAACACAGGCAGGGUUAAUUGUUAUUAAUUGGAAACGGAUUAAUUUUUAUUUUGAUAUUUAUGGUUGGAACGUAAUACUGAAGUUUAAAUUUAGGGUUGAUAAGCUGUUCUGGCACCUCUAAAUAAAAGCAGCAGUGGCAUCAGUGAGACCUCUACAAACUGCAGUGAUGUGCUGAGCUGGGCGGACAGCAAAGGUGAAUCAUGUGAUUGUUCCAGCAAACAGGUUGUAUAAACGUGUCAGUGUCCCAGGCUGCAUUCAUUAUCUGCUGCUUACUGCAGAGAAAAUGCUGGUCUUUACAUUUUUCCAAAGGGACUACUUUCGGUUUCUGUUGCUCAUAAAAGCUUUUGCUUUUAAUCGCUUUUGAUUCCAGUAUGACUAGCAAGCAGAUAGAGACCUGUCCUUCCGUUUGGAGUAAUCAUUUCAGACGUGCUGUCACUGAGAAUAAGAAAGUUUGUCAUCUUUCCCCAGCCUACAAAAAAAAAAAGAGAACCCAACCCUGAAACAAGAAAACUGAAUCAGGUAGAGAGAUGGCUUUCCUCAAGGAGGCUCUUGCGUACCUUGUGUGUUGAUAUCGGUGCCUGACAUGGAACCUUUGAGGUCGCCCCAUGAUGGGUCAGCUGAACGUUGACACUUUCUCUGAGCCCUGGAGCCCCUGCCCUGCUCGGUGAGAAGCCGGGCAGGUGGAGCUCCAUGCUGGCUCCAUUUGAAAGACUUUAUUUGAGUGUGGUGCAUAUUCCUUUGCCUAGCAUAGCCAGCAUCUACAUCUGCCCUGUGAAAAGAAGUGUGGAAUGGACAUUACACCCAGGAUUCAUCCGUUCUGGCGCAAAUUAUUGCAUAACAGUAAGAAUAGCAAAGCCUGCUCACAUGUGUGUCAGUCUGUCGGGCUGGGCCCAUCAUAGCCCAGGUACAUUCAGCUUCUGGCUGCAUCGUGGUUGGUUCUGAAAUGGGCUCAGCCACCUGAUGUCCGGCUGCAGUGACAGUCUUUCACCCAGGCCAGCAAAGCAGGAGUGGCAUUUGUGCCCCGUGCGACUGGCUCAGCUGUGAAUCAGCAAAUGACGUUAAUAAGCGUUUGUGGACUAAAUAUAUUUUUAAGCUGCCUGGCUGCAUGUUCUUGGCAAGAUCUCGGAGAUUAAUGGUCCCAGAACGCUAGCAAGGCUUGCAGUUCCUCCAGGACGCAUCAACCUGUGUGAGAAGGGACAAGGGUAGCAACCACGCUUCUUUUCUUCUAGUCCUUCACAUUGGUGCUGAGGUCUAAAUCUGCUCUCUGAAGCGGGGUAUCCCAGCUAAAGGUAGCCGUGGGUUUUCCAGUCUUUUUGCUUUGGAGCAGGAAGCAGCGCACGUGGAGUUUUAUUGCUGUUUUCCUGUGGCCCUUUGGCUGCGGGUGCUGCUUGGUGGCUGGGGUGCUCCCACACACCGUCUGCCCCCGAAAUAAAGGCUGAGGAAUUAAACAGCCUGAAGGAACCUGGGGAUCCUCGGGAGGAGUUCAGGGAGGGGAGCACUCAUGUGACUUGAAAUGCUCUCCAGGCACUGCAGAAGCAUCCUUCAGAAUAGCUUCUGGUGCUUGGUGGGGGUCUGCACCCUUCUGCAGGCGGUGAGGGGCUUACGGGAUGCUGAGGGCGGCUCCGCUCCCACAGCAUGCGGUCCUGCACGUCCCUGGGGGCUCUUUGGAAGGAGGCUGCCGUGCAAUUGGGGUUUUUUUGCUAUUUUAUUUUAACUUUUAAAAUUUAUUUUGGUGUGGAAUGAGGUCUGCCGUGGUUUCUCCUUCAUGGAAAUCCUUCAGCACACCAUUUAAAAGGAAAAUGCUUUAGGGGGAAGCUGUUCUACUGCACAGCGAGAGCACAUGAGAGUGGUCAGUGCACUGCAUGUGUGUGUUUUUCUUCCCUCUGUUUUUUCCCUUUUUCUUUUUUUUUUUUCCAUUUCCAUGAGUUGGAGAUGACGAUGACUCAUGGCUUGGAAUGCGCUUUAAAUCCCCGAGGUGCUCAUUGCCGCCUACCAUCACGUAUUGAAUUUCUGACAUACCGGAGGGAUGUCUGCAGAGAAACUCUGAUGUGCAAUUACAAAACGUUGUAGCUGUGCGUUGUUUGCAUAGGAGCCAUUAGCAUGGUUGUUGACACAUGUGGACCAACAGUGACAUCCUUCUUCAGCAAUGCUGUCUUUACUCCCUCCUGCAUUCAGAAGCAUCUAGAGAGAUUUCUUGCCAAAGGGAUCCUCAAUGCAUUUCUUUGCCAUUAUUUAAGGAGCCAUUACUAAAAGCUUCUGGACUGUGUUUCUAAGCGGACAAAAGAUUUUGUAUUCAAAAUGCUUAUAAAGGAGUAUCGUAUUCCUCUUCCGAUGAGCGUGGAAGAAUAUCGAAUUGCACAGCUCUACAUGAUACAGAAAAAGAGCAGAGAGGAGACAUGUGGGGAAGGCAGUGGAGUAGAGAUCCUGGAGAACAGGCCAUACAUGGACGGGCCAGGAGGAAAUGGGCAGUAUACUCACAAGGUAUAUCACAUUGGUAUGCACAUACCCAGCUGGUUUCGGUCAAUAUUGCCCAAGGCAGCUCUGCGAGUCGAAGAGGAAUCAUGGAAUGCAUAUCCUUACACCAGGACAAGGUAUACGUGCCCUUUUGUGGAGAAGUUCUCUAUUGAUAUUGAGACGUACUACAAAACCGAUCCAGGAGAGCACGUCAAUGUUUUCAACCUUUCUCCUGCAGAAAAAAGACAAACCAUUCUAGAUCCUAUUGAUAUUGUUAAAGAUCCUAUCCCUCCACAUGAAUACAAAGCUGAGGAGGAUCCAAAGCUGUAUAAAUCAGUGAAGACUAAACGAGGCCCUCUAUCAGAAGACUGGAUUCAAGAGUACAAGAACAACCCUGGGAAAUACCCCAUCAUGUGUGCAUAUAAACUUUGCAAAGUCGAGUUCAGAUACUGGGGGAUGCAGUCAAAAAUCGAGCGGUUUAUCCAUGAUGUUGGCUUGCGGAAGGUCAUGGUCCGUGCUCAUCGGCAGGCUUGGUGCUGGCAGGACGAGUGGUACGGGCUCACCAUCGAGGAUAUCCGGCAGCUGGAGAAGGAGGCACAGCUGAUGCUGGCUCAGAAGAUGGCCCAGUUCUGUGGUGAAAAUGAUCCUGAGCAGCAUGGAGUCAAAGAUGCUCCUGGUGAGAAGGACGUUGAAGCCGACACAGUUUCACCUGUGGACCCAGAAGACGCCUCUGGUAACAGUGAAACAGCCUCUGGGAGAUCGCUCACCAAGCAAUGGUCCACCUCUUCCAAGUCCUCCCGGUCUUCAAAGAGAGGAGCAAGUCCCUCACGCCAUAGUAUCUCGGAGUGGAGGAUGCAGAGCAUUGCCAGGGAUUCAGAUGACAGCUCAGAUGAUGAAUUCUUUGAUGCACAUGAGGACUUGUCUGACAAUGAGGAAAUGUUCCCGAAAGAAAUAACCAAAUGGAGUUCCAAUGAUCUGAUGGAUAAAAUUGAAACCCCCGAAUGUGAUGAUGUCCAGGGUGACUUGUAUCAUGAGACAUCAGCAGAGUACCACGUUGGCUCCAGUGUGGAGAGGCUCAGCAUCAUUGAAGAUGAAUCAGUGCAGCCAUUAAUGCAGCCAAGUAAAAUCCAUGUCCUCCUCUUAGUACUCCAUGGAGGGAACAUCCUAGACUCGGGAAGUGGUGAUCAGAGCUCUAAGCAAGGGGAUGUCAACACUAUCACGACUGUCUUUGACACUGUGAUGAGGGUACAUUACCCAGCUGCCCUUGGACACAUUGCCAUCAGGCUAGUCCCUUGCCCAGCCAUCUGCUCCGAAGCCUUUUCGCUGGUGUCCAGCCUCAGCCCAUAUAGUUAUGAUGAAGGCUGCCUGUCCAACAGCCAGGAUCACAUUCCCCUUGCUGCCCUCCCUCUGCUAGCAACAUCGUCACCUCAGUACCAAGAAGCAGUAGCCACAGUGAUCGUCAGAGCCAACCAGGCCUACAGCGAGUUCAUCAGAUCCCAGGAGGGAAUGUCAUUCAAUGGCCAGGUCUGCUUGGUUGGGGACUGUGUCGGAGGAAUUCUGGGAUUUGAUGCCUUAUGCUACAGCAAUCAAACUGUGUCUGAGAGCCAAAACAGCAGUCGAAGAGGGAGUGUUGUGAGUGUCCAGGAUACCGACCUGCUGUCUCCUGGAAUAACAGUGAACAACAGCUAUUGCUCCAGUGGCUCUAACCUGGAAGCCAGCAGACACCUCAGCAGGAGCAACAUUGAUAUUCCCCGUAGCAACGGAGAGGAUCCAAAGAAGCAGCUGCCACGAAAGAGGAGUGAUUCGUCAACCUACGAACUGGACACGAUAAAGCAGCAUCAGGCCUUCCUUUCAAGUUUACAUUCCAGUGUUCUGAGGAACGACCCGGGAUCCAGGCGAUCCAGUAGCUCCACUAUGCUGGAUGGAGGAAAUAUUGGAAAGUUUGAAUUUGAGAUCACUGACUUCUUCCUCUUCGGUUCUCCCCUGGGUCUGGUUCUUGCACUGCGAAAAACUGUCAUUCCAGCUCUUGACAUCUUUCAGCUCAGACCAGCUUGUCAGCAGGUCUAUAACCUGUUCCACCCUGCAGACCCAUCUGCUUCACGCCUCGAGCCUCUUCUGGAGAGGAAGUUCUACCUUUUGCCCCCCUUUAAUAUUCCCCGUUACCAGAGGUUCCCACUGGGUGAUGGCAAUUCUGCUGUUCUGGUUGAGACAAUCCAGAACAAUCCCAUCCUCCUCAUGGAAAGUAGCCCUCUGGGUGCUGCCCAGCACCAGGACAGCUUCAUGGAAACAAGUAUCCCCGUUCCCGUACUGAAUUGGCAAGAUGUUUCCAAUAAAAGUGCCGGUUUUGCUGAGUCAGAUGUUGUUCAGUCUCAUGGUGCCGUCUUCAUGGAAAGCGCGUCCCUGUCCACCCCCAUUUCAGCCCCUCAGUUCAGGGGCUUCCGGAGAGCCAGUGAGAUCAGCAUUGCCAGCCAGGUCUCAGGAAUGGCAGACAGUUACACUGCUUCCAACAUAGCCAACAAAACCAAACACCACCUUAACCAUUGUAGGGGGUUUAGCCUUCUGUCCCUACUCGCACUCCCUCACAAAUCCCCCACCCAAACCUCGUCCAAGAGACACAGGCAGCAUAAACACGAAGUCCUUUCAAAGGGAAGGAAACCCAAAGGGCCAUCGAGUCAGGAUGCAGACUGUGCUCUUCGGAUACCCGACAUGGACAUCAAGAAAGUUGCUGCCAAGUGGUGGGGAACCAAAAGGAUCGACUACGCUCUCUACUGUCCCGACGCUCUCACGGCUUUCCCUACGGUCGCCUUACCGCAUCUCUUCCACGCCAGCUACUGGGAGUCCACAGACGUCGUCUCCUUCCUGCUGAGACAGGUGAUGAGGCACGAGAACUCGAGUGUGUUGGAGCUGGAUGGGAAGGAGGUGUCCGUCUUCACCCCCUCCAAGCCCCGCGAGAAGUGGCUGCGCAAGAGGACACACGUGAAGCUGCGGAACGUCACAGCCAACCACAGGAUAAAUGACACCAUUGCUAAUGAAGAUGGGCCCCAGACCCUGACUGGAAGGUUUAUGUACGGUCCAUUAGAUAUGGUCACACUCACAGGAGAAAAGGUGGACAUUCACAUCAUGACCCAGCCACCAUCAGGAGAGUGGGUUUAUUUCGACACUGAGAUCAGCAACAGCAGUGGCAGAAUUUCUUAUGUCAUCCCUGAGAACCGGCGCCUGGGCAUUGGCGUGUACCCCGUCAAGAUGGUGGUCAGGGGUGACCACACAUACGCAGACAGCUACAUCACAGUUCUGCCAAAGGGGACAGAGUUUGUGGUGUUCAGCAUCGACGGUUCCUUUGCUGCCAGUGUAUCCAUCAUGGGCAGCGACCCCAAAGUCCGCGCCGGAGCAGUCGACGUUGUAAGGCACUGGCAAGACCUUGGCUACCUCAUUAUCUACGUCACGGGCCGCCCCGACAUGCAGAAGCAGAGGGUGGUAGCGUGGUUAGCACAGCACAACUUCCCCCAUGGGAUCGUCUCAUUCUGCGAUGGGCUCGUUCACGACCCACUGCGGCACAAGGCCAACUUCCUGAAAUCCCUCAUCACAGAUCUCCACAUGAGGAUCCAUGCGGCAUAUGGAUCCACCAAGGACAUCUCUGUGUACAGCUCCAUCAGCCUCCCGCCCACACACAUCUACAUUGUUGGCCGACCCACCAAGAAGCUGCAGAGCCAGUGUCAGUUCAUCACAGAGGGGUACGCGGCCCACCUGGCCCAGCUGGAGUACAACCACCGCUCGCGCCCCGCCAAGAACACCACGCGCAUGGCGCUGCGGAAGGGCAGCUUCGGGCUGCCCAGCCAGACUGAGUUCCUGCGCAAAAGGAACCACCUGCUGCGGACCAUCUCCUCGCAGCCCUCAGCAGCUGGAGGCAGCGCCGGCCACCGCCCUGAGCGCACCCAGAGCCAGUCCGACGGCGACAAGGAGAGGGACAGGGAACGCAGCCAAAGAAGUAUGAGCAUCGCCACGGGGUGCUGGGGCCGCAGCGCAGCGUCCCGCCUGGAGUCUGGCCUCCUGGGGCAGAAGUAGCCGAGCCAGAGCCAGCGACUGUCGGCUGCAGCCACGGGAGGAGAGAACAAAAGGAAAGAGGGAUGAGGCCGGCGUUAAUGUGGAAGGGUAAAUAUGGUGCUACUCUCAUAACAUCGUGGUAUUCUGGGAAGAGAUGGGAUGUUUCCCACGCAGAACGUGCAGGCCUUGCAAGCGGGAGCGUCAGGUUUGUGCGGCAUGAGCUCAAGGAACAGCUGGAAAUUGCAGGGGGGGGGGGGAAGUCUCCAGGUCGAGAUUGUGCUCUUUCCUGCCUCCUUCUCUUAUCCAGGUAUAGUGACUGUAAAUACGUGCCUCCUCACCUUUUAGCCAUCGCUCCGAUAUGUGUGACCGAGUGCUGUCCUCAGAGCCACAGAACAGGGGCUGAGGUUGGGGAAUUUGCUCAUGGCUGUCCCAGGAGCUGCCGGAGGGGCUCUGCGGGUGCAGGGGUGGGGUUGGGGUCAGUGAGCGCACUGCUUCUGUGGCACGGACAGCCCCAGGUGUGGGAUUUGGCAUGGGCUGUGCCAGGCAGAGCAACCAAGAGCUUCACGUUCAGCCACGUUCUCAAGGAGUAUGUGCAGUGGCAAAGCAGAAAGGUGUCGAUGCUGUUGGUAGGGGCAGAAUGUCGGCAGAUUCACGCCCAAGCAACUGGGGUCGAUACUACUAUUAUUUUUUAAAGAGACACUUUAGAAGCCGAUGGAAUUGAAUGCAUUGACCUCUGAAAAGAAGAAUACAAGCUAUACUGUUUGAGCUGUCACAAGCCUCAGACACUUCAUUUGCUGUUAAAUCUCCAAAUAUUAUGGCUAUAUAUUAUUUCCAAAACUAACCACCAUAUAUUUGCAAGCAGUUCUUCUCAUCCAAAUGCAGGGUCUGACUCUCUCAACACCCACCUCGGAGACAUUUUCUUCUUCCUGGGUUCUCUCCAAGUUCAGUAGCAGCUUCAGUGGGAACCAGACUCGCUUCUUUGACCUGUAGUUACUGAACUGUAAAACCUCAUUGUUUUUUGCACUGAUGAUUUUUAGAAUGGAAACCUGUUACCAUCUCAUGUAGCUACACCCAACUGUUCGUAGUGCAUGACAAUUAAAUAUUGCUACCAGGGUGUGUGUGUGUGUGUGUGUAUCUAUAUAUAUAGAUGUGCAUAUACGUAUGCACACACACACACAUACACACAUAUAUGUAUGUGUAUAUAUUUAAAGAAAAUAAUCCUGUGCAGAAGUUUUUCCAGCAGUAAGGAGACUGUAAGGAAGUGUGCCAACAGAGUCAGGCAAGCGUAAGAAAAGGCCAUAUCUUAAUUUUCCUGGUGUGUCUCUCAGUGAUGUGCCUGAGCUGGAGCCGGGGCUGUGCGUGGCAGAGGGAGCUGCCCGCUGUGCUGCAGGUGAGAACAGUGCCUGGUGUGGGGGCUCAGCAAAGAGCCCCGUGCCCCACCCAGGGGCCCGGCUCCCUCCUUGCACACACCUGGGGGGCCCAUUUACAGGCUCCAGUUGGCCUCUUCACGUGGAGAUUUUAUAGUCCUACUGAGCUCCCCGACUACGUGUAAGCCGGCUUUCCUCCACCACACCUUCCUGUAUUUAUAUCACUUUCUACUUCCGAUGAUCUUAUUUAUAACAAAAUUUUUUAGACUGGCUGCUUCAUUUUAUUAACUGUUUCAAUACGAAGCGCAGGACGGCCGCACUGAGACACGCAGCACUGUGAACACUGCUCUGCUCAUUGGCCCUGGGCCGUGGUAGGCAGAUCUCGCAUCAGGCACCUCAGACCUCGUGCUUUGGGUCGACCGAGGGACAGUGCUGAGCCGAGGCCGCUGCCCACACAGUGCAGCUCCCCGUCCUGCAGCCUGACUGCACACCGCAUAACCACUUCUCUUUGAUAGUUCUUCAAUUACAGAAUGUAUCUGAUGACUUUUAUUACCGAAAACUGACUUCCCUUUCUGUGGACUCAGCUGAGCUCCCUCUGAAUGUACAUCCGGAGCUUACUGGGUUUAAAACCAAUGUGAAUUGUCCCAGCUUUUUUGCUAGUCGAACGGUCGAUCAAACAGUUGCCAUCCGAGUAGGAAGCCAAGCCACAAUCCAUCCUGUGAAGUCACCAAACCACGUCACAAAAUAAUUUCUGCAAAUUUGGAUAUGGCCUUUGCAAAAUUCCUCUUUCCUCAAAGCCCACCACCGAGGCGAGGCGCAGUCUGUGCGUUUCCCAAUGCUGAUGAGAUGUUCACGUUUUCUUAUGUGUAGAUAGUGUAAAACAGAGGCGAAUGUACAUUUUCAACAUAAAAAGUGGAUAUGUAAAAUUGAAAGUUAUUUAUUUAUGUAGAGGAAGAAAUGGCUGGAGGGACUGGAGCCUUCAGGGUUUAUUAAUAUUUAAAAAUGUAGCUUUUUGUUUCAGGCAUUAUGUACAAAGCAAUUACUUCAUGGACCAACUUUAAUGUAACUGUCAAUGAAUGCAGAAGUGCAAUAUUAUACUCACCUCUCCAUCACUUCACGUUCCCAGCAGCUACUGACCAGUUAGACUGACAAUCAUAGCGCUCCGUCCUCACCCUUUGUUCAGCUUCUUGAAAUUCCGCAGAUCCUUUCCUUGCCCCCCAUCUGUUGCCAUUGUGCAAAUCCAACAUGGAGAAGCAAUUGUAGAGCAGGACCUUUAUUGCUGCAAUAAUACCAGAUGACGUGGGUGUAGUUACCAGGAAAUAUGCCAGUGAGUUUUCUCCACCACUUCAGUCCAUCAGAGUCUACAUCAGUCUAUCUUCAGCCACCCCCAUCUGGCACUCAUCUCUCUGAAGCAAAGAUCAACGUGCUACUCACUCAAAGAACAAUAGCAAUAGUUUAACUCUGUGUUUAUAACCUGUUUGUUCUGAGCUGUUUUGGAGAGCGAUGCAUGUGACUCAAUGCCUUUCCAUGCCUCUGGAAGAGGAUCCAUUUGGAUGCAGGGAGGGAAACACAAAUGUAUAUUCCAUCCGUACUAAAGGGGCACUGUCAGGUUAAAGACCUAAUUAUCUUUGUUACAAAUAACUCCUUUGCUUUGAAAUGAAAGACUACGAAGAGUUGCUUGGCCUCCUCCCUCUGGCUGUCUGGGCAGCCCUCAGCCCACGUUGUUCCCGCACUCACACAACACAGCACACCCUGCACAGGCUGCCUUAGGCUUUUUUUUUUUCCUUUUCUUUUCCUCUCUUUUUUUCAAUCGCUUCCAUCAGAAUCAGAUUCUGUCACGGAGCUCAGAUUUUUCUAACAAGCAGCUUUUUGUAUUCCCAGACAAUUGGGUCAGACUUUGUACCUGACGCUGUCCCUUUAAAAUCUUUUUUUUUUUUAAAAAAAAAAAAAAAAGCUCAUUCAUUCACUCAGUGUCAUUUUCCUGGGCUGCUCACUCCAUCAGACGAGGUGAAAUUCUCAUACCAAAAACGUUUACAGUGUCCGACCCGCGAGCCGAGCGCAGGAACCAGCCCACGGCUCCCCGCCACCGCCGCUCCGCCAGCAGCCGCCGUGCUUGCUGUAGCAGCCCCUUCUUCAGGUAUUGCCACUUUGCUGCAUUUCCUAUUAGUUCUAGAAGCCUUACGGUCCUUUUCCUGUCCUCAGCACCCUCUCUGCCUGUUGAUACCCUCGACUGUCAGUUUUAUAUUCAACGAUGUUAAUUAUAUUUUAUUUAUAAAAAAUUGCUCUGGGGGGUGACAGGUGGGUGCGUGGGGAACCACCAGAGGGCACAGCGCGGCGCUGCAUGUGCCCGUGUGUGCAGCGCCGUGCAGACGACUUGCUUGUGUGUGACAAACCUUCUGUACAACUUCCUUCUCCUCCUUGCUGUUAGUGCAUCGUCCCAAUGCCUGGGUGUGCUUUGUGUACAGUAUCAUUGUGAGUUACACAGAUUAAAGAAAUGGGAAGGCU